UACAUGUGUCAUUGUUCUAUCUGUGGUACAACUCCCAUAGUUCACUGUUGAACACAAUUUCGUCAGAUGGCAUACGGGUGAAAUAUAGUAGUGGGUGGGCUAGACAGCACAAAACAUGCUUAGAACACGACGAUACAGCCACAAACUUCCAAAUAUGGAUAGGUGAGGUACACAGACUUUAGACGAGAAGAUCGUGUCCCAUCCGUUUUCUCACUGCCGGGAGAACAUUGUUGAUCAUUCGGAACAUUAGCUACUCACUCACUCCCUGUGGUGUUGCUGCACCGUCUCGAUCAAGAAAAUCGCAUCACAUCGGAUUCUCCUGGAAUUCCUCGCUGCAUGUGCGCUAGCUGGCAGGAGUGCACCAGAAGCCUAGCCCCGUGUAUAUGUGUACUACCUUGCCGACUAACGUUACACACUCACACCAGACCGACAGACUGUGGCGGAGAGACUGUGAGCGGACGAUAGACCACAAGUUAGGAUUGAGCAAGGACACGAAGUUGGGUACAUUUGUAUCGUUUCAAUCAUGUCUAUGCAUUGUUCUGUAUUGUAAUCGUUGCUAGCUAAUACGUCCAAAGGAAAGAUGUAACUAGAUACGUUGCAUUCAGACAUGCUAACGUAGUUGGUAUAGCUAGCUAGUGGUCUUAUGACAAUCAAGUAGCCAACGUUAGUUAGCUAACUUCAAAAUCCAGAAAUUGGAGUAGCUAGCAGUUAUGCUAAAACUGCAGCUAGCUACUGAACUAUAAUCCUAGCAGGAGGGACACAGAAACGUCUAGAUUCUAACAGAAUAGAAAGCGUAGUUCACCCCUAGAACAGUGUUGCACCCCUACAACACGGAAGGAGUUGCAAUAUAUAUGUAGUAACGAACCAUAUAAUAAUGCAGAUUUUUUUUUUUUGGGGGGGGGGGGGGUGCAUCCCAGGUUUCCUAUCCAUUCUACUACACUGAUGUGGGUGUAGUAGUCUGAGUGACUGACAAGACCAUUGAAAAUAAACUAGAUGAGUAGUACCAAGAGGAAAGCAGAAGGGCAAUCUAGGACCAGGAAGUCUGGAAGCUCCAGAACAGACUCGGAGAGAGACUCUGGCUUCUCAGAUGCCAGCACCAUAGACCUGACAGAUUCUGAGGACUCAUCUCGCACUGUGUCCAAGAGAGAGGCCCAGCGCACUCCAUCCGGGUCAGGGUCUCAUCCCUCACAGCUAGCUGUGUUGGGGGGGUCCUACUCCAACAUGUCCCCCAUGAUCAUGAAAAAUGUCCUCCUAAAACAGCCUGGGAACAACCCUCCCUCUCAGAAGCCAUGGGGGUUCAGCCCAGCUGUGGAGAUGGUCCAGCAGCCUCAGGUGGACUUCGUCCAGCCCGUUGUCUCCCCUGUGGUCUCCCACUGCACCACAUCCAACCCUAAGGAGGCCACUUCCAAACGCCGGCGCCCCAAGAAGUAUCUUCCCAUCCUCAGGUCCUACCCGAAGAUCGCCCCUCACCCUGGAGACAGUUCGAGUUCCUCCGGGGGAGUAAGCUCUUGUUAUUUCCCCGCUUCAUCCCCCUCUGCCUCUAGCCACCGGGAACACCAUCACAACCACAGAAACAAACAGCACAGGCACCAGUCUAGAGGUUCUAGCUGUGGUUCUUCUGGUUCCAACACCCCCAGUCUCCCUCCUCCCUCUAGCUCCCUGUCCCCCUCUUCCCAGCAUAGGCUCACCCCCUCCCUCACAGACUCCAGUGCUUGCAGCAGCCCUGCAAGAUCCUCUCUCGUCAGUAGAUCAGAGUUCUCCCCAGCCCCGUCCCCUGCCUUAACCGUAACGCCUUCAGACACCCUCACCUCUGAGGUCCCUGAGAAAACCAAGACCCUCUCCCUCCCACAACCCACCAUCGCCACAACCAACGACAACAGCUGCCACGAUGACAGCAACCACGACCACAAUAGCGAUGACCAUGACAUAAAGCGCAAGCGUUUCUGCAACACGUACAACAUCCUGUCCAAGUCUGGCCUGCUGGAGAUCACCCUGAGUACCAAGGACCUGAUUCGUCAGAACCGCAGGACCCAGGUAGACCUGGACCGGCUCAAGGAGCACACCAACCUCUUCCUGCAGGCCCUGCAGACCGGAGAUACCAGCAUCUGGAGCAAGCUGCAGACCAGCCUCCAGGAAGAGAAGGGCAGUGGGCAGCAGAGCAGCUUAAAGGCAGAUACAGAUUAGAUCUGAACUAAGUAAAAGCAGGGUUUCAUCUGUUAGACUGGGCAGAGACUGAGUUGAAGUGGGGGAGGCUGAGGCAGCUAGACUGGCAUUACUAUGCCCACAAUUAUCACACAGACAUACAGUGCCUUGCGAAAGUAAUCGGCCCCCUUGAACUU